GGCGCGUUGCGCGCCACGUUCAAAUUUUCUAACUAAGCUCUUCCCCAAUACACUACGCCUUUCAUAUGAGAGCCUGAAUUAUCAGCUUCCUUCUAUCAUAUCCUUUUCGUAAUAUGCAAUCAUCUUCCGCUCCUCUGAAUGAUCCAGAUUCUACCAACAAACAUGCAGUCAAUACUCCUGAAUGGUUCGAGUCUGUACUCAAAUCGGCCUCCUCCCUCUCUGAAUUGCGUCCAUUACAAUUGAAGUAUGGCUUAGAGAUGAAUCAAGGAAAAGAUGUCUUUAUGGCAUCUCCCACAGGCUCUGGAAAGACUUUAUUCAUGCUUUCAGGAGCCAUUGCAGCGCAAGCUCGUGGGGAACCUGGAAUUGCAUUUUUUGUUGUUCCUACAAAAGCUCUUGCAAUUCAACAGGCCAAUACUGCCAGGAAGUAUGGCCUCCGAGCAAUGGCUCUUACACAUGAUACUGUGCGUCAGCCUGGGGUCAAUUUAUUUGCUGAACUUGGGCGUGGUGAUGAUAUACGUGUUGCGGUGAUGAGCCCACAAAUGCUCUCCAAUGGGGAAGGUAUUGCAUCGUGUCUGAAGCAGACUGCUUUCAAAACCCAGGUCCGGUGGAUGCUUAUCGAUGAAGUUCAUUUGUUUGCCGAUGAGACCAGCAUCUUCAAUGGGCCAUACAAAGCUUUGGCUCCUAUGAGAGAUAUUCUCCCUCAUGAAACCCAAUGGACUGCUGUUUCUGGUAGCAUCACCCCAGCACAAGCACUGGAGGUGGGGAAAGCUUUGGGUUUCCAUCCCGGACACUACAUCAAUGCAUGGUAUAAUCUUGAUCGUCCCAACAUCUACUAUAUCCCAAGAAUCCUCAGCCAUCCCACUAGUUCCUCCACUUUCCUUGACCUCGCCUUUCUUAUUCCAUUUGAUGCGACCUCCAUCCAGGAUAUUCCAACUGCAAUCGUAUUUGCUGAUGCUAUACGUACUGGCCAAGCGAUCAUGGGAUUCCUUGAUCUCUUGCUUGAGAUUCGGCUUCCCCAGUAUGCACACCGGAAAAAAGUUGUCAGGCUGUGACAAGACCGACCGUGCCUACAGGUCAAUAACUAUAGAGGUUCUGAGGCCGGAUCUGGCCCGGGAAUGGCCCGGGAUAAUUCCGAGGUCCGGAACUGAG